AUGUUACAAGAUGAUGUGUUUGUAGAAUUGGUCCAAUAUCUCACGUCGAUGCGCGCAUCUUUUGAAAAGUAUUUUCCCGAAGAACAGAAUACAAAAACGGAACUGAAUUCAUGGAUUCAUAAUCCUUUUUUACCCAACUUGCAAAAGCCCGAAAGUAUGUCAAACGAGAUAUAUGAAUCUCUUUUAGAAAUGUCAUCAGACACAAGUAUGGAGUCACUGUUCAAAACGACGCCUCUCAACGAUUUUUGGUGCAGAAUCCGUGAUGAAUAUCCAAUACUUGGCAGAAUGGCUCUGAAUAUUCUUCUCUCGUUCCCAACAACAUAUUUGUGCGAAACAGGAUUCUCAACCUAUGCAGUCACGAAAACAAAAUAUCGCAAUAAACUGGACGCCGAACCUGAUAUGAGACUUCAAAUGUCUUCUAUCAAACUUGAUAUCAACCAGUUGAUGAAAAAUAAAAAACUGUUUCAUACCUCCCAUUAG